CUUCAUACAUAUGUCUUUUGGUCUUCAGCAUGUAGGAAAAAAGAGAAAAAAAGGCAUGACUACUACUGAACUUGAAAACAUUCAAAAUGAUCAACCUCUUAGACAGAGAACCAAAAACGACUGUCUCGAAAAUAAAAGCCGCAUUCCAUUCACAGUGUCGACAUUCAGUGCAACAUCUCGCCCAGUUCUCGCUCUUCGUUCCGGCUGUGGUAAACCGCCGUUAUUGUCAAACACUGUGUUUGUGGUUCCUGCUUUGAUCACCCUGAAAGGUUUAUACAAACACCCCACUUUUUAUACUUCGCCUUCUGUCGCCACUGAAAUCACUCUUUUUGCUUAUAAACAAAUCUUUGGAAAAACGUCAUUGACAACAACAACAGUAACAUCAGUGCCAUCAUCUUCAGCGUCGACUAUUCCGCCUUUGAGUUCCAGCUCUACUCCUGUGAAGCUCAUCACAAUGUAUGAACAUAACAAGAAAACCUCAAACAAGCCACUCAGUCACUCAAAGCCAUCUCAUUCAGCGACGACGGCUCCUUUGAAAAGGACAGAGACUACUAUGGGAGCUGCAACGAAGCGCCUAUACGAACCAACGCCCAUAGAGCAGCUUUUGUCGAAUAACAGUCAUCCAAAGUUUCUACCCACGUCUGUCCCUGUUAAAAAAAUCAAGAUGUGUGGAAACCCACCACCUACUGAUAAACUAUCUAUGAAUGACGUGAACAAAAGCACCCAUCUAUCCACAGCAUCUGCUAUAAAAACUGUACCGAUGACAGAUAACUCGAUGAAGCAUACACCCAAAGCUUCACUGUCGGCACCGACCAUGAUUACUACUACUACUACUACUGCUGCUGCUGCUGCUGCUGCUG